AUGUCCUUAAUCGUCGAUGGCGUCGAUCUUGACGCUCUCAACUACACAAUUCAUGUUCCCUACAAUGGUACCAAUGCAGCUGGAGGUAAUUCCUUAACUGAGGAUCUCAACAUAUUUUAUGAUGCUGGUGAUAUUGCCUGGAUGAUCACUUCUACUGCAUUGGUCUUGCUUAUGAUUCCUGGUGUUGGUUUCUUCUAUUCCGGUCUGGCUCGAAGAAAGUCUGCUCUGUCAUUGAUUUGGCUUUCAAUCAUGGCUACUGCAGUUGUUUCUUUCCAAUGGUUCUUCUGGGGCUACUCUCUUGCAUUCUCUCACACCGCUGGAAAAUACAUUGGUGAUUUGGAAAAUAUUGGCUUCCGAAAUGUCCUUGCAGCACCAUCAGUGGGUUCCUCCAAAAUUCCUGAUCUCAUGUUCGCCGUCUAUCAGGGUAUGUUCGCCGCCAUCACUGUAGCUCUUGCAGUUGGUGCUGUCGCAGAACGUGGUCGCAUGCUUCCAACCAUUGUUUUUAUGUUCGUUUGGUCAACCAUCAUCUAUGAUCCAAUUGCUUGCUGGACUUGGAAUUCCUCCGGAUGGGUCUUCAAAAUGGGUGGUCUCGACUUUGCUGGUGGUACUCCUGUGCAUAUUUCUUCGGGUUGUGCAGCUCUCGCAUACAGUAUCAUGUUGGGCAAACGUCGUGGACAUGGUACUCACGAAUUGAAUUACCGCCCACACAACGUCACACACAUUGUCAUUGGAACUGUUUUCCUAUGGGUUGGAUGGUUCGGUUUCAAUGCUGGUUCUGCUCUUGCAGCUAACAUGCGUGCUAUUAUGGCCGCGGUCGUCACAAACUUGGCUGCCUGUGUCGGUGGUAUCACAUGGUGUGUCCUCGAUUAUCGUCUUGAACGCAAAUGGUCCACUGUCGGUUUCUGCUCUGGUGUUAUUGCUGGUCUCGUUGCUAUUACACCAGGAUCUGGUUUCGUUCCUGCCUGGGCUGCCGUCAUUUAUGGUGUUGUCGGAGCCGCCGGUGCUAACUAUGCCACCAAACUCAAGUUUGUUCUUGGAGUCGAUGAUGCUCUUGAUAUCUUCGCUGAACACGCCGUUGGUGGAGUCAUCGGUAAUAUCCUCACUGCUUUCUUCGCCGCCGAUUACAUAGCUCAUCUUGAUGGUUUCACUGAGAUCCCAGGUGGAUGGCUUAACCGAAAUUGGGUUCAACUCGGAUAUCAACUUGCUGAUUCUGUUUCCGGUGGUGUUUACGCUUUUGGAGGAACAUGCAUUAUCCUCUUUGUCAUGAACCUUAUCCCCGGUCUUUCUCUCCGCGCUACCGAAGAAGCUGAAAUCCUCGGUAUCGACGACGCCGAGAUUGGCGAGUUCGCUUAUGAUUAUGUUGAGCUUACUCGUGAGGUCUUGAACGACGUGUCAGAAACUGGAAGUAAAUACUCUGGUCACGAAAAUGCCGCUACACCUUCACCUCGUCAGGAAAAAGAAGCAAGACAUUCGGCUCAAGAUAUGGAAGCCUAA